AAUUAUUUUAAUACAUUUCUCACCUUCCUAUCGGUAGGAAACCAACAACGUAAUAAUAUAUAUACGUAUCUUAUCUAACCAUGAUUAAGCUAACGGUGAAAAUGAUUUUCACGUUCGUGUUGGCGUCGGCGUUGGCCAUGUCCUCAGUGCUCUGCCGGUCGUCUGGCCCGCCAUCGAGAUAUGUAACGUACGAAACAGAAGACAGUUCCAUAGGAAAAUCAGAGGAAACGGCGCAGAUCAUGGACGUCAACGAUAGAUCGUCCAACCUGAAAUAUGUAAUGGCCAUCCAGAGCACAAGUAUUUGGGAGGAGAUCAAGAAACGGUCGAUGACGUUAUACGGGCCACAGAAGUUGGACGGCACCAUCUACGAAAAUUCACCGGACGACCUGACCGACCAAGAACUGGCGCAGCUCAAGCAAGCUUGUCACGAUGGACUCAAGUGCGUGGCCGUCGACCAGCUUAUUGUGCUCGAACAGGUCAAAGAACCGCUUGUCGGUGGCAAAGUGUCGGUGCGCACGGCCAUCACCAAGAUCAUCCAGGUGCUCACCCAGUUCACGACCGAAUACCACGAGGACGUUUACCAGUACGAGACGGUCAGCGAGUCUGACGAUGAGUCCAAAGUGUACGAGUUGGUGACCACCAUAGUGGAAGACAACAAAGAACUUUGUCGUAUCGACUUCACACCCCCGACAGAGGAAAACAACCCGAACGGUAAAUCCGUCCCCGUAGCCGAUAAUAACAACGAUACCAUAAACUACAAUACCGUUAAUGACUACAACAUCAACUACGGUACCAUCAACAGUGCCUCCAUCGAAAUGGAACCUUCUGACACUAUCUCUGUCGUCGAAUCGCCGGAUUCCGAAAAUCAGAGUAACAACAGCCCAGAUCAAAAUCUGGUAAUCGUUAUCGCCCCACAACCUGAAACCGCCGAUGGUGACGGUAGUUCUAAAAACCUGUCUCCAGAUGAUCAUCUACCCACGGAACGUACCGCCACCACCAGUACCACCACCGAUGGUCUGACGGGUGACGAAUCCGUUACCAGAGCUCCCGAAAAUGAUGUUAGGCCCAAAGAAGUCAGACAAAACUACACAAGGGGCAGCGGAACCUCCGAUCAGCACUAUGAACCCGUCACGACCACUGACGACAACAACACGAAUGCCAAUCAUCACGACUCUGGCCACUCGGACCAUUUGGAAAACAACGACGUAAGCCUGAAAAACCGAGGCGGAAACGGUCAGACUGGUGAGACCGAUAGCCAACAAAACAUCGUGAGCGCGGGUUCGUCCAAUCACGGGAACGUGAAAAGUGGUUACGUGGAGGACGGUACCCUCAACAACGGUAACAUGGUACAGUACAACAUCAACAGAGGUAUCAUCAACAAGGGCACUAUCACCGAUAGCAAAGCGGCCAUCAUAAGCGUGGGCACGCUCAACAACGGACCGGUCAACUACGGUACGUCCGACAAUAACACCAACAACGGAAAUCAGGUAGUGAUGAACGUCAAAGACAUUCAACAAUUUCUGUCAAAUAUCGACAAGAUGUACUCGACGAUCAUAGAACGCCUUGGCUGACUUAAUCGUCAGUUAUCUGAAGACUCAGUAUCGUCGUAUAUAAAUAUAUAAUUUUUAUUCAUUAUUAAAGCAGUAUUUUUUAUGAUUUACCAAUUAGAUGAACACGAGUUACGUGGGUUGUUUGGUUGAUUUUCACUUUUCCAUUUAUUGCAUAUUUUAUUUAUACCACGUCACUACAGUGUUUCGUGAUAUUGUAGAUGGUUACCAUCGUCACUAUUUUAUAAUUUUUAUCAUUAUUUUAUUUUACCAAAUGAAGUCCUUGGUAUAAACAAAGAAUAGAUGAAAAAUACAUUUUAAUAUAUUGUAUUGUUAUUUAUUUACUUUAUUAUACAUUCUGUAAUUAUAACAUAGCUUAAUAAGUAUUAAUAUUAUUUUAUAGUGCUGUACUUAUAUCGAUAAAUGAAUUAAUAAACAAAUAAAAAAAUCG